UGUUAUCUUGUUACUUACAAUGUUAUGCAGAUGUUACAAGAGAUAUGUGUGCUCAAAAUUUCACACACAGAUUAAACAUUAAGCUUGGUGUCCCCCUCAUGGGGAGGAGUCUGUCUGUGGUCAGAAUAAAUCUUUGGUCAUACAGGACUCCCACUGUCACAUCCCUCUGUGUGGGUGACUGCUGACCUGAUGGGAAAGAGACACAACAUGAGAUCAAGUACAGGUUUGGUGGAAAUGAUAGGCUUGAAAGAGAAAUUCACAUUUAAUCCUAAAGAGGGAAUAGACAACCCAGUGAUGGUGAUCACAGACGACGCAGCCUCUGUGCCGACACCCAGCCCACGUUUGUGUGUUCUUAAACGAGAGGAAGGGGAGUCCUAUGGCUUUCAUUUGCGAGUAGAGAGGGGGCGCCAUGGUCACAUUAUCAGAAAUGUGGUGUUAGGGGGCGUGGCGGGCUGCAGUGGCCUUCAAGAUGGAGACAGGCUUCUGGAAGUCAACAACUGCUAUGUUGAUGGUGUUCCUCACCCAGAGGUGGCCAGGAAGAUAAAGCUAAGUGGACACCAGUUAUGCUUAUUAGUGUUGGAUGGUGAGGAGUAUGAGCAGGCUGUGUUGCAAGGCCAAGACCUCCGAGGUCUGACCAGAGCACACAAGGGCGAGGGCUGUAAACCGCCAAGACUCUGCCACAUCACCAGGGAUCCAGUCUCAGGUCUGGGCAUCAACUUCACUCCCAUGGAAGGAGAGAAAGGUUGCUUCUCUGUGAGCCUGGUUACAGGAGGUUCAGCAGAAAAGGCAGGGGUGUGUAAGGGAGAUCACCUCGUGUGGAUGAAUGGAGCAACAGUGUCCGACCUCACGCACUCUGCUCUCAGCAGGAUGAUGAAAAAAUGUGGCAAUCACAUCACCAUCCUAGUGAUUGACAGUGAGAGUGAGAAGAACUACAAACGACAGAGGAUGCCUAUCCUUCCCACCAUGGCUGUUCCACAUAACCUGCCUUAUAGGGCCAGAAAACUCCACCUGGUCUCAGGGCCUGAAGGCUACGGCUUCCUCCUUCGGCAGGAGAGGGCACCAUCAGGACGCAUGUCUCAUGUUCUGCGUGAGAUGGACAGAGGCAGUCCAGCAGAAAAGGCAGGUAUGCAGGACGGAGAGCUGCUGCUGGAGAUCAAUGACGAGUCAGUGGAGACACUGACGCAUCAAGAGAUUGUGGACAGAGUGAGACAGAGUGGUCAACAGGUUUCCUUCACCACCAUCACUUCCAAGGGGCUAGAGUUUUUUACCCAGUUGGGUCUAUCACCUCUUCUCUUCUGUGAGGGUGAUGCAGCUGAGAAAGAAAAGGAGAGCAGCGUACCAGACUCUGAAGCAGAGAAGUCAGUGCAAAAUGAGAUGGAUGGCUUAUGCAAGCCUAGACUGUGUUCUCUCCAAAAAGGCCCUUUGGGGUUUGGCUUUAAUCUGAGUUGCAUCCCACACAGUCCAGGGACAGUCAUCAGCCAGGUGGCCUUUGGUGGCUCUGGGCAGAGUGCAGGACUACUAGUGGGCGACGUGGUGAUGGAAGUCAAUGGACAAAAUGUGGAGGAGAAAUAUCUGGAAGAUGUGGUUAUGCUUGUAAAGGAAGGAGGACAUUUUCUUUCAUUAUUAGUCGUGGAUAAGACUAGCUAUAACAACAUGAGACAGACUGACACACCAACCAGAGAUGUCACUGACAGUGAGCAGGAGGAAGAAAACUGUGAGAUAUCAUCUUUGUGAGCAACAAAGAUAGAUAAUUGUGAAGACAUUCCCCCAUACCAUAUGUCUACUGAGGACACGACAAUUCAAACUGAGCUAAACAAAAAAAAAAAACCUUAAACCUAUAUUAUUAUUAGAAAUUGUGAAAUCUAAUAAAACUAUUAUGAUUUAGAAAAUGAACAGCUGGAAUUUAAAGUACGGAAUAUAAAUGGGGAAAAACAUUGGUAUGACCCUUAACUAUGUAAAAAAAAAAAAAAGAAAAGUUAAUUGUAUUGUAGUGAGUGGAAGAGGAAGAUGUGUUUUAUGUACUACUGUAUGUAUAAAACAAAUAAAAUAAAA